CGGCGAUUGGCUUAGGUCGGCUGUGCUCGGCUGCGAUUGGCUGCGCUCGGGAGGGCGGGCGCGCGCGCGCGCCGGGCCCGGCAUGGCCCCGCCCACCCAUUGCCACGUCCGUGCGGCGCGUGCGGCGGGGCCGGCGUGCGCGGGUCUCUGUUUGCAGCCAUGAUGCCUGUGGCCACCGUGAUGCCCGAUGACACGCCCAUGUUUGACCCCAGGAUCCUGCAGGAACUCGACUGGAGCGAGAACACCACGACCUUUUCUCCUGCCAUUUCUCCACUGGAUCCAGGGGAUGGGCUGGUCCUGAGGCCACUCUGCACAGCUGAUUUAAAUCGAGGCUUUUUUAAGGUUCUGGGUCAGCUGACGGAAACAGGAGUUGUGAGCCCGGAGCAAUUCAUCAAAACCUUUGAGCACAUGAAGAGAUCUGGAGAUUACUACGUGACCGUGGUGGAGGACACCAACCUGGGGCAGAUCGUUGCCACGGCAACGCUGGUUAUAGAACAUAAAUUCACUCACUCCUGUGCCAAGAGAGGCAGGAUAGAAGAUGUGGUGGUCAGCGGGGAGUGCAGAGGGAAGCAGCUUGGAAAACUAUUAACCUCCACCCUCACCUUGCUAAGUAAGAGACUGAACUGUUACAAAAUCACUCUGGAGUGUCUGCCCAAAAAUGUGGAUUUCUACAAGAAGUUUGGCUAUUUGGUAUCUGAUGAAAACUACAUGUUUCAACGGUUCUUUAAUUAACGACUUCUAGGUCUUCUGGGUUCUUUUUUUUUUCUUGGAAAGACUGUUGGUGGAGGAGCUUGUGCUGCAAACAUUCUCUCCGUGGAAAAUUUCUAUAGUUUAUUGCUGCAGAUAUAACAAUCCCUAUAAAUAAUGAACAUCAGAUGUGAAAAUCUUGGGGAAAAAAAAAUACUGAGGUUUUAGAAAGAGUCCUUUGGGUUAGAAAAUAAGUUUAGAACUAAUUUUUACUACUGUUGAGUCGAGGUGAAGCUUUUCUGUUCUAGCUGAGUUACAAAGGACUCGUAAAGGGAUGGUUUUUAACCAAAGGUCUAUAUUUUUAUCUCAAAUCUUUUCUUGCAUUGUAUUUUUCUAAAAGUUUGUGCUUCUUUUCUCAGUAGCCAAAGGACAGCCCUGGGACUGUCCUGGCUGUGCUGAUGGAAGGAUGAUGUAGCUGGGGAAGGGAUGAGGCUUCUCUUAUACAGAAUUAGUGACACGGAACAGGCCUUAGUUCUGUUUUUUUCCAUGACACCUCAUGGAAGUGCUGGUGAAGUUUUCUAGGCACUGUUUUCCAAGACUGGCUUGUUACUGCUGGUGCAGGUUGGGGAGAAUCCUUCCAGGCUGUGCUGAAAAUGGAUGUGUGCUUCUCACUGCAGGGCUCCUGCACUUUAGCUGAUAACUUGGUUUUCAGGAUAAUUUUUUUUUUUUUCUGACCCCCAAUAAAACCCCCAAAUGUGGUUCGCAACAGGGCAGAGGGUAACUGGGAAACUGGAAUGUCUGAAGGAAUAUAUCCCAUAGGGAGUGGGUUCUGGCUAGUAAUCAUGGGAAGGGGACUGGGAUGGCAGAUUCAGCUUCACCUGAGGGAGCUGGGGGUGGUCAGCCCAGAAAAGCCUUAGAGCCACUUCUAGGGCCUGAAUAGGAGGGAGAGGGACUUUUGUUUUGUGUGGUCAGGACACAGGGAUUGAUUCCCACUGCCAGAGGGCAGGGAUGGAUGGGAUUUUGGGAAGGAAUUGUUCCCUAGGAAGGUGGGGAUGCCCUGGCACAGGGUGCCCAGAGAAGCUGUGGCUGCCCUGGAUCCCUAGAAGUGCCCAAGGCCAAGCUGGACUUUGGGGCUUGGAGCAGCCUGGGACAGUGGGAGGUGUCCCUGUUGGAAUGAGAUCAGUUUAAGGUCCCUUCCAACCCAAACCAUUCUGGGAUUUACUGAAUCCCAGCCCAGCCACUGGAACCCCAGAGGGCCAGGAGGGAUUUGCACCUGUGGCACAGCAAAGCAGGAGAGAAAUCCCCUCCUUCUGCUCCUGAGGGAUUGCUGCUGCUGCUGUGGAGCUUCCCUGGUGCUGCAAGAUGGGAUCAAUGAUUUUAGCACUUUUGCCAGGGGUGAAAAGCAAAGAACAUGCAAGGCCAGUUGCCAACAGUGGUGUUUUGUGUGGGGAGUGACAAAUCCCAGAGCCAUGAAUAGGGCAUUGUACCCAGCCAGGGUUGUUUGUGGGCAGCCAGGCCUUCCACACUGUCCUGCUUUGUGCUCUGGAGAGCAGCUCUACAGUGCUGGGGGCUCUGCUUGAUCUUCCUGAGGGUUCUCCACUCCAUCCAGUGUCUCCUUGGUGAUGUCUGCUUUAUUUAUUGAUUAUUUUUUUAAAGAAUAUCUUUGUUUAAGCUGAAUAAAUGAUUGCCACCUGUA